GUUAGGAGAACUGUCUCCGGAGCAUCUCGAUCUCAUGUGGUUUGAGUGGCAUUUUGGUGAGUGAUGCGUGAAUGUGGGGAAAAAUUUUGCGUAUCGCUAUCCUUCACCUACAAGGCGUGCUAAGUGAGUUGUAGGUAAGAACCGCCGAACGAUUAGAACUCAUUUUCAACCUCGCAGCCCAACAACAUCGAUCGCGAAAAGAUAUCAAGACAACACUUCUGUCUCCAACCACUGCGAUUCUUCGUCCCACCACCCACGAGUACUUUCCAGAUUUCGCGGCAAUGCCUCGCGCAAAGAGACCUCUGGCGGAAGUUGAUCCAAACGCGUCGCGUCUCGCAUCCAGCCCGAAAUCUUCGAAGACCAGCACAGGAAGAACGAGAAAGACAGCGGACGGAGGCAUACUGGAAGGUGAUAAAGAUGGGAAUUUAAUUGGAUCAGGGUGCAACGCAACUCGAAAUAAAUCCUCUGGCACAGAGGCUCCAUCCUUACCGAAGGCAUCGCUCCGCGAAAACGAAAGACAGCCGCCUUCGAAAAUCAAGUCAACGGACAAUACCAGACACCGAUUACACCUGCCAGGCUCUACGUAUUUAGGAGAUAGCGACGCAGGGAAUUGUGCACCUGAAAACCGCGACAACAGGGCUGGGUCUCCUCCGCCAGACGGAGGUUGCACAAGCCGCCCGCGAGAGAUCAACUACAAAACCAAGGACAACAGCAAGCUUAAUGUUCUGCUCUCCGAUCGGCUUUUGCCUACAUCGGGUACGCGCGAGGACAUGAUUGCUCGACUUGAAACAUCAACAUUCGACUACAACAUAUACUCCUCCGAGCAAUUGACCGAGUUGCUGAAGAGUCGCCAUGUUACAAAUGCUGCAACGGGCCCGAAGGCCAUCAAGAUCCAGAGGCUGGAAAUCAACGAUGCGGUGGAUCGAGACACUUCCAAUUGGGAGGACACAAAGCUCUACGUGGAAGCUGAUGUUAAAAAAUGGUCCCUGGAUAGACUGGUCGCUAAGCAGGAGGCCUUCAUUGCUGGGGAGGAUCGAUCAUACUCGACCUCGACAUGGACGCUGAAGAAGCUUGGUGCGCUCCUCAAGGAUCGCAAAUUACCAACCACCGGUACACGAGAAGAUAAUAUCAACCGACUCCGGGCCAGUGACCGCCAAAAGCUCAUCAAAGAUAUCUCAAAAGCGAGAGAGGAAUUCCUUUCCGCGAAGAAACAGUUGGAGACACAAAUCGGGCAUGCAGUUGGAGAUCACGGUGUUUGUAGAGGAGGGCCAGAGGCCGAUUUUCAGGCUAUCGACAAUCAAGUUGAACGGGAUGCGGUGAACAGUCGACCUAGAAUACCAAUAUGCGACUACGAUUGGCGUGACUCACAUUGGGCAUCCAGAACCCAACGGCAAUUGAGCGAGAUCUGUUCACGUAGGGGAAUGCCAGGCCACGGUCCGAAAGCUGCAAUGCUUAAGUGGCUCGACACGGGCUCUGUCGAGUAUGAGGAUCUGUACGCGGGAUCUUUGGAGAUGAUAUGCUUCCGAAGAGGAAUCAAACAUAGGAGUGGUGAGAAGAAGGUUGAUCUGAUUCGACGGUUGAAGGAGGCCGACGAGCAGGAGGCUGCAGGCUGAUAGAGUGGCCGGGGCGCCUGAGAUGCUGUACGAGAUAUCCCGGGUUUGCUUUGCUUUGCUUUGCUUUGCUCUGCUUUGCUUUGCUUUGCUUUGCUCUGCUCUGCUCUGCUCUGCCCUGCUUUGCUUGGUACAUCUUCAAAUCACACAGGGAGUUAGGGCUAGAAUAAAAUGUCACCU